UGUUCCCAAGAUGAUGGCAGUGUAACUUAACAAAAUAUUUCCAUUGAAGAAGCUGUUUUGAAAACAGAAAUAUGUAGAGAAGUACUUGCUUCUGGAUGGCAUCUAUGUUCUCAUAUGAACCUAUGAGAGGUCUGUUUACUUGAUCAUCUUUUCAGUAAUGAAACAACAUUGGGAAUUAUGGACAAAAACAUUGGAGAGCAGCUUAACAAAGCUUAUGAGGCCUACCGACAAGCAUGCAUGGAUAGGGACCAUGCUGUGAAAGAACUACAGCAAAAAACAGAAAACUACAUGCAGCAAAUACAUGAACAGCAGGAAAAGAUAGAGCUUCAGAAUAGCAUUAUUGCAAAACUGAAAUCACAGUUAGCUGCUCUGAAUGCUAAUAGAGGUAAUGUGCAUACCUACAUUCUGAAGCAUGAAGACAUUGAAACCUCCAACUCAUCUUUCAGCCAGCUCUCUGAAAAACUGAACAUAGCAAAGCAAAGAGAAAAACUCUUAAAGGAACAGUUAGAAAGUGAGAGCAUGAAAUUGAAGCAACUUGAGGAGAAAAACAAUCAAAAGGAAAGGAAGCUUUUAUCUAUUAUUUCCAAUCAAGAAGAUAAAAUAAGAACUCUGAAAAGCAAACUGAAAGAAUUAAAUGAAGCACAAAAGGGUAUACAGAUGCCAACAUAUAAAAGGGAGGUGAAAAAUAAGAAAGUUGUUCCAGUUAAGUCUGAAGUAUUUUUAGGGAUCUCUGGUAUUUCACCUAUGCCUGAAAGGGAGAAUUUGGAGACUAUUUUCCAGGACAUGAAAGAAGAGUGUCAUCGAAUAUGUAUGCUAGCCAGGGAACAAACAGACCAACUGAGUAAAUUUAAGAUAAAGCCAGAACCUGAAACUGAAAUACAGUUUUCCAUGCCGAUACAGUGUACUGAUAAAACUGAUGAACAAGCAGAAGAGCUUUUUAAGCCUCGGGUUAUAAACGAUAUAAAUAGAGGUGCAUCAUGCAUCACAUCUAUCACACCAAGAGGAGUGGGCCAAGAUGAGGACAACAACUCUGUAGAAUCACUUUCUAAAUUUAAUGUCAAGUUUCCACCUACAGACAAUGACUCUGCUUUCUUGCAGAGCACUCAGGAAAAACCAACAGUUCCUUGUACUGGUAUAGCUGAAAACAUGCUUCAAGAUCAUAAUUUUAACCUGGAGCACAGAGACCGUGCUGUUAACCUCAGUAAAUUGGAACCUAACUCAUUUGAAGCUCAUGGAGUUGAUCUCAUGACCUCAGCUUUACAAAGCUUAACUACUGUUGACAAAACAAACCCCCCAAAUCAUGCAAACAUACCCAUAGAAAAUAGCCGUGACAAAACAUGUUUAAAAACAACAGACACUGGUUUCACAUUUGUACCUAAGCACACAAACCAGGGUAUACCUGAAGUAAUUUUUUCUUCUUUAGAAGCUGCUGGGACAACCAUCAGAGGUCCUCAUCAGCUCAUUUGGCAGCCUCGAGACAAUGAUUUGCUGGCACAAGCUUAUACAGACUCUGAACUGAAUCAGUGUGGAAUAUGUGAAUUCUGUCGAGAAGUUUUCCCACCAUCUAUAACAUCUAAGGAAGAUUUUCUUCGGCAUCUGAAUUCCCACUUUAAAGUACAAUCUUAAUGUAUGAGAAUUCAAUGGAUCACUGUUUUUGCAUACAUCUGAUUUUUUAAUUCAAUAGAUAUGCUAAGAAUUUAAGAAUUAAGACUUCUUGUAAGAACUCAUGACUGAAAUUGUUUGUUAGAUAAACACAUUUUUAAUUGUCCUUUGACAAGGUAAAACAAAACUGUAAGUCACUUGGUACUGUAAUUCACAUUAUUGCUUGUUAUGCUUCAGUAUUACCUAUGAGAGUGAUGUUA